UUCAGUAAUUACUUGGAUUAAUACUUUUCACUUUUACUUAAGAAAAAUAAGUUGAAGCGGUGCUGCUACUCUUACUUUAAUAUCAUUUUUGUCUUGAAACGUGAUUGGUGUUUGUUUAGCUUUAUAAACUUCACUACCCAGAGUUCCCUUCGGCGCUGCGUCAUGACGUCAAGCUAACGUUGUUGUCGUUGGAGACGGCGCAGGCUGAAGCGGGAAGAGAGAAAUAAAACGCUGAAACCAGUAAAGAAAAGUUACUGUUUAAACAGUAACUUUUCCCACCGCGUCCGAAAAGAUGGAAAUAUGUUCAUUUUUAUAAAAACAUGAAUCAGAAACAUUAUCAUUUUGUGGGCUAACAGGAGAAUGAGCUUUUCCCCGCUUCUUCUACUGACCGGCUGUUUGUUUGCUAGCUAAAAAUCAACAGGUUGACUGUUGAUUUGCAGCAUCUUUCAAUGGCCUCUACAGGUUGGCAGCAUCCUUACGUGAACAUUUUCAAACAUGUUAAAGUUGAGCAAUGGAAAAGGUCGGCCAAAGCUGGAGAUGUGGCGUCUUCUAUGGACCGGACUCUGAGGUGUCCGGUGUUUUCCAUCAAAGGUCCAGUUCCCACCAACAGCUACAUCCUGGUUCCCAAAAGCAGCCACCAGUCUCUGGGCCUGACCGGUCGAUACUUCUACCUUCUGUUCAGACCCACUCCUGGAAAAUACUUCAUGGUCCACCUGGACGUCGCCGUGAAGGAGGGCCAGGUGGUCCGGAUCUCCUUUUCCAACAUGUUCAAGGAGUUCAAGUCCACAAAUACUUGGCUCCAGUUUCCCUUCCUUUGUGGAGCUGCGAAGGAUUCGGUUUACGACAAAACCUCGAGAUCAGCGAGGCGAGGUCUGGUGGGUCCGGCUCCGGACUCGGUGCGUUGGACCUGCCUGAUGAUCGACCUGUGCUUCACGCUCACCUUCUACCUCAACCGGCGCCACGCUCACCUGAAGAGCGUCAAGCUCUGCGCCAACAUGGCCGUGAAAAACAUGUUCACCAGCGACCUGCUGCUGGAACCGGCAGUGACCUUCAGUGAGGCGAAGCUCCGCGGUCUGUCCUCCUGCCGGGGAACGGGUCCGAUUCCCAGAGAGAUGUCCUUCCCGGUGCCGAAAGGCGGCUCCUGGAAUGACUUUUACGAUCACGUCAAGUUUCCCUCUGAUGGGACUAAACUUCCCUUUGACUCCAUUCAGAAACCGGAUCCAGAGGCUGGAAGUCCCUCAGACCAGACAGACGAGUCUCGCUCCACCAGAAUCGGCGGCCCGGUUCAACACCGCGGUUCUCCCCGUCAGCCGAUCGCCGCCUCAAAACUCCUCCCGGGGAACCGAGCGUCCGUGGCGUCCAGCGUUCCCGAGUUGAGCCCGUCGGACGCGACGGAGGCAGGAGUUCAUGUGUACGCGCAUCCGCAGGACGCUCUCAGCACGCACGGAGACAGCAGCGGAGACGAGGUGUUUUCCUCCUCAGCGUCGCUUCCUGUGGCCUCAUUCAAAGAGAGCCAGCAGCGACAGCAGCUGCUGCCCGAUCCGAUCCUGCAGCUCAGCCGGAUCAUCGGCUUCGGAGGAGCCACCACCAGAUAUGCCCUGUGGACCAACUCAGGGGAGGAAGUGGUUUAUCCGUGCCACGCGAUCAUCGUUUCUAUGAAGAUCCUGUCCAGGGAGCAACAAUUCUUCAUCGGCCACACGGAUAAGAUUUCUGCGCUGACCUUCAACGGCAGUACGACCCUGCUGGCGUCGGCCCAGAGCGGCAGCAACAGCGUGGUGCGGCUGUGGGACUACAGCGGAGGAAGCUGCCUGUCCAUGUUCAGGGCUCACUCUCAUUCUCUGUCCUGUCUCAGUUUCUCCUCUGGAGGCGGCAUCCUCUGUGGCGUGGGGAAGGACAGACACAACAAAACGAUGGUGGUGGUGUGGAACACGCUAAACGCUGCUAAAGGCGGAGAGGGAACCAUCUUGGCCACGGUGCACACAGAUGUGGACAUCGUCACCAUGAAGGUCACUUCCUUUGAUGAGACGAGGAUGGUGUCGUGCGGCCGAGAGAACGUCCGUCUGUGGCGGGUCCGGAACGGCUCGCUGCGGUCCUGCCCCGUCUACCUGGGCGAGUUUCACUCCCUGGACUUCACCGACGUGGCGUUCCAGGAGGGCGGCGCCGCUGAGCAGCAGCUCGACGACCGAACGCUAUUCGCCAGCACGCGCAGCGGCCAUGUUUUGGAGAUCGACUACAGCAGAGUGACGGUUAAAAACGUGAGGCGGUUGAUGCCUGCACAGCAGCAGCACGCAGAGCGCAGAGAGAAAUGGACGUUCAGCACCGGUCCAGGGAUUCCCAUCAACAGCAUCAGCGUGUCUUCAUCGUUCUGCGCCACCGGCACCGAGGACGGCUUCCUGCGGCUCUGGACCCUCGAUUUCUCUGCUGUCAUUUUGGAGGCGGGUAGGCACAGCGGGGGGUGGGAAAGGUUCUGCCCGCAUGAGCGAACCGAUCCCCACGGGUCCAACUCUGCAGGCCGGCUUUCAGUUAGCGGUGCUAAUCCUUGCUUAUUGGUCGUAAACAUUAGUUCUGCUCUUGGUUUUGAACUUGUUACCUCAGGUUUGGUUCACCUGUCGGUUUGUGACGACGACCCAGCAAAACCAGUCCAACCCACUAGUCCCAGUGAGAGCCCCGAUGAAAGGAGACCCGUCGUCUCCUUUCUCAAAGUCACCGACUUGGACGGCGCUUCUCCCGAGGAAACGGACCAACUGGAAACCAUGGAGUUGAGUCAGAACAAACCGGACCGUCCAAACUGCUAUAAGCACUUCAUUCCCCGUUUGAAGACCUCGUCUCUGGAUCAGUCGGUUUCAGCUCCUCGACCUCGAGAUGAAGGCAUAAAGCUGAAAGCAGUGAUUGGCUACAACGGCAACGGCCGAGGCAACAUGGGCUGGAGCCCCGAUCAAGGUUUGUUUGCGUACUCUUGCGGCGCCGUGGUGGUGCUGGAGCAUCUCCACACAGGAACCCAGAGUCACCUGCAGGGCCACAGCGAGGAAAUCUCCUGCCUGGCCAUCUCUAAUGACGCUCAGACGUUGGCGUCGGCCGCUGGCAGCAGCAGGAGCCUCGUUUCCAUCUGGGACGUUCAGACCGCAGCCUGCCGCGGAGCCGCCUCCCACCACCAGGGGGCGGUGCAGAGCCUGGCCUUCUCCAGAGACGACCUCUUCUUCCUCUCUGUUGGAGAUUUCUGGGAUCCGGUUCUGGCGCUGUGGAGUUCGGAGUCGGUCCAGUUGCUCUGCAGUGUCAGCAUGUCGGCGCCGAUCCAUGACGCGGCCUUCAGCCCCACAGCAGCCAGGCAGUUGGCCUGCGUGGGCAGCGAAGGGAUCCACUUCUGCCUCAUCCACACGCACGCCUCCAACGCCGACGUCAGGGUGUCGAGGUGCAGUGUGGCGCCGCCGCCAGAGGUGGGCGACGUGGAGCUGACCGCUCUCUGCUACCACAUGGACUCCUUCCUGCUAACCAGCACCUCCGGCGGACAUGUCUGUGCGUGGGACGUGAACAAGCAGCGCUGCUUCAUGGUCUGGAGAGCAGAUGAGGGAGAGAUCGGAGUUCUGCUUUGUCGAGAGAAUCGCCUGCUGACGGGCGGCGCCACCGGCCGCCUGCAGUUGUGGCAGAUUGAGGCGGUUCAGGGCAUGAAGUCUGCUGAGACGACCUGCAGCGUUAAAGACAUGAAACUGAGAGGGUCGAAGGUCGUGGUGGAGCAGGAGGUCGUCCUGGACGGGACGCUGGUCAGCGCGGCCUUCGAUAGCUUCAUGGACAUGGGCAUCGUUGGCACCACGGCGGGAACGCUCUGGUACAUCAACUGGUCAGACAGCAGCAUCAUCCGGCUGGUCAGCGGACACAGGGCAAAGGUCAACGACGUCGUCUUCAGCUGCGAUGAGAGCCGCUUCGCCACCUGCAGCCAGGACGGCAGCGUGAGGGUUUGGUCGACCGGCAGCUUCGAGCUGGUGGUCCAGUUCCAGGUCAUCAACCAGGCCUGCGGCUGCCUGUGCUGGAGUCCGUCGUCCAGCAGCGACGGAUCGCGGAUCGCCGCCGGCUACGGCGACGGGACGCUCCGGAUCUUCCAGCUGGCCUCCACUCAGAUGGAAAUGAAGCUGCGUCCCCAUCAGGACGCCGUCACCGCCAUCACUUACUCCGCCAGCGGUCAUGUGAUCCUCUCAGCAGGAAGUAAGGGUCUGGUCGCCGUCAGCAGCCCGAUCAGUGGAGCAACGAUUCGAGUCAUCAGGGAUCACAAAGGAGCAGCGAUCAACUCGAUCCAGAGCGUCAGCGAACAGUGCAAGCGGUUUGGGCUGGAAGGAAACGAGAUGUUUCUGGUGUCCGGCGCCGACAGACGGGUCAGCGUUUGGGCCGCCAACUGGUCCAAGGAGAAGUGUGACCUGCUGGACUGGCUGUCGUUUCCCGCUCCGCCCAGCUCUGAAGUUCGGCUCCUGGAGGACAGUUUGCCGCCCAGCCUGGCUGCUUUCUACCCAGCAGACCCCAGGCUGCUGCUCUACACCGGCUUCGGCCUGGAGAAAGAGCUGUCCUUCUACAGCCUGACCAAAAAACAGAUCAUUAAGAAGAUUUCGCUGACCCACUGGGCCACGUGCAUUAGCCCGUCUCCCAAGGGUCACCUGCUGGCUGUGGGGUCCAAAGAGCGGGUCCUGAAGCUGAUCAAGACGACCAGCGGACGGUUCCAGGACUUCCUGCAGCACAGCGACGGCCUGCAGACGUGCCGCUUCUCUCCGUCCGGGUCACUUCUCUUCUCCGUCGCGUACGACGAGGUUCUGCUCUGGGACGUGCCGGGCCUCUGACCCAGCCUCUGUUUCUGUAGAUUUAUUUAUCCGUUUAUUGUUCCACAGAUUUUUAUGAAUCUAAAUUAGAUUUUUAUGUGUAUAGUUUUGAAAAUAAACCUUUUUUAUGGGAGAGA